UUUAAGUAUAUGGGACUUAUGAGAACCUGUAUUUACCACAGUCCUCCCAAAAACCUCAUGAUUUCCGAGUGCAGUCCACCGCGCGGUUAAGGGCCCCCUUCAAGACAAGGGCCCCUGGCGUGACGGAGAUAAUCCCGGCAUAUCAUCCGACACCCCCCGCAGCGCGCAUUGGGUAGUUAGUGCGCAACGCCGCGCCGCUCCUGUUUGCAUAGUCGGUGUGCGCCGGACGAAAGUAGGUUACCCGCGCGCGCACGGGCACUUCCACAUCCAAAGCGCGCUCCCGUCUGCUUCGUCGUUUCAUCCCCAUAACCGGCGGGAGCUCGGGAUCCGUCCUCCGCCGCAGGUUGAUUCGGGAUUGCCUCGUCCCGUUCGGGAAAGAGGGAAAGAAGAUGCAGAGGCGCGCGAGGAGAGCGCGCGCGGGGACCGGAGGAGUCCCCGCAUCACAUGUCCUUCUGGAGGGAUAAAGGGAACCGAGAUCGGUCGUCGUGAAAAUGGCCAAAAGGAGGCGAAGCGCGCGCUGCCCGUGAAACUUUCGUCCUUUCGUUGCUUUUAUGGAUUUUUUUUCUUUUUUUUUUUUUUUUUUUUUUUUUAAUAUGCCUAUAGCGGCGGAUGUUUCGUGCAUCCGUGACCGAUUAUUCUCGCACCCAGGAGGUGCUGUGGAAGAAUGAACAGACUUUUGUUAAUGCGCGCGCCGCGGCAGCGUUAACCCUUUGCAGGAUGGCGACGGCCGGAGCCACUGACGCAGCGACCGCCCCCCGUGAAAAAGGGCCCGGGCUCGCGGAGCGCAACGGGUACGUGAGGACGCCCGUGGAUGUGAUCGCUGUGUCCGCGCACUCGGGCGCCGGCGGGGGGGCGACGCUGCUGCAGUCGUGCGGAGCGCGGGGCUGCGACCGGCGGCUGUCCUGGGCUGGGUGCGCGCUGUCGCUCUCGGUGCUGCUCGCGCUGCUGGCGCGGUGCGCGGACGGGGACGGGGACGGGGAGGAGGCGCGGGGACGCGCUCCCGCUCCUCUGCUCUCCUCUCUACUCACCUUCCUGAGUGCCUUCUUCUGGGUGGGCCUCUACCUGCUCCGCCGGGGGGUCCACCUGGGCGCCGCGCUCCUCCUGCUCACCGCGAGCCACCUGGCCGAGGCGGCGGCGCUCGCGCUGCUCCGGGGCUCCGACGGCGCGCUCCAGACGCUCCCGGCCGCCCUCCUGCUGCUCGCGUGCCUCGCUGGCGGGACGCGCAUGCUGCUGAGGCUGGAGCGCGGCGUGUGCGUGCUCGUCCUCGUCAGCGCGGUGCGCACGGGAGCGCUCCUCUCGCUCGGCCCCGCGGGCUCUUUCUGGGGACCCCACCUGGCGUACCUGGUGGCCGCGCUGGGCUUCGUGCUGGCGCGGCAUGCGGAGCGCCUGCUGCCGGAGCCGCGCGCACACCUCCGGGAGGGCUGCAGCGCCGUGAGCGCGCACAGGGACCCGAGCCCCGCGUUUGGGGCGCGCAGGAGGAGGUCCGGCUCCGUGGUGUCCUCGGACAUGGCCGAGCGAGCGUCCGGCGGCCGGACGCAGAGGAGGACCUCGCUGCCGUGCCUUCAGCGGGACCAUCAGACUGCAUCCCAGGCCGAUUGGGACCACAAGCGAAGCUUCCGGGGACCACAGUCGUCGGGCACCGGCGUAAUGGUGGACAUCGCGGUGAUGGGCGAGGCCCACGGGCUCAUCACCGACUUGCUGGCGGACCCUUCUCUCCCUCCGCACACGUGCAGCUCCCUCCGCGCUGUCAGCAACCUGCUGAGCACUCAGCUAACCCUGCUGCCCCUGCACCGGCCCCGCGCCGCUGCCUCCCCGGGCCCCGCGAGCGAUGCCCGCGCUUGCUCCGACUCCGAGGAGGGGCCGGACAAAGGCGAGAGGCUGGCCGCUCAGAAGCGCCUGCGACGCGCCCCGCCCCCCGGGAUGCUGAGGAGGGCCUCUUCCACGUGGACCACCACCACGUCCGCCACGGGACUACCCACUAUGGAGCCGGGCCCUGUGCGCCGCGACCGCAGCGCCAGCAUCAAGUCUGCUCAUGAGGCCCCCGGCUCCAGUUCCGGGUGCGUCGACCUGUGGAACAGCUCUUCCACGCUGAGCAAAGUCAGGUCCGUGUCCAGCUCCUACGCGCUGUCUGGCAUCACAAACCACCUGGGCUCCGUCCGGCAGAACAGACCAGGUUACCCCCCGUCCGGCAUGCUGUCUCUCGUUUCGCCGGGCCAGUCGCCAGUCGCCAGUCCCACCAGCAAAGCGCCAUCCGUUGACCUCCCUGACACGGCAGACUGGGCGGAGAGGCGGGGGCCAUCGGUGCAGAUCCACAGAGCCUUAACCCAUACUCAGAGUGCGCCGGCCUCUUCCGAGUCCUGGUCCGCUGCGGGACUGCUCUGCAGCAGCUUUGACAACUGUCCUGUCUACAGCUGUGGAAGACCUUACAGCGCAUUAAGCCAUGGACAGGGUUCGACAGACGGAGGAGACAGGAUGUGCAGGACAGAUGAUCCGGCCAUGACGUCGUCGGAUUACGACAGCACCCACGAGACCAACAACAGCAACGGCAGCGACUUUGCACAGAGCGAAGAGGACCGAGGGGGCGGCCAAAAAGAUGACGGGUCGAGAGAAGGCUGUUUGGAGUUCCGGUCCGAAGGCAUCCUGCUGCACCCCCUGAUGACCCCAGAGGACAAGGCCAUCCUGGCCCCUGAGCCCCUGGUGAUGGACACGCUGGACCCCCUCAUGAGCCAGCUGAGCAAUUGGAACUUCCCCAUCUUCAGCCUGGUGGAGAAGACUCAGGGCAAGUGCGGCCGCAUCCUCAGCCAGGUCUCGUACAGGCUCUUUGAAGACGCAGGACUCUUUAAGAUCUUCAGGAUUCCCGUGCAGGAGUUCAUGAACUAUUUCCACGCCUUGGAGAGCGGCUACAGGGACAUACCAUAUCACAACCGGAUCCACGCCACAGACGUGCUGCACGCGGUCUGGUACCUGACUACCCAGCCUGUGCCCGGCCUGCCCGGCCUUGGCGAUCACGGCUCCGCCAGCGACUUCGACUCGGACAACGCUCUCACCCAAGGCCGCACGGGCUACCUGGUCUCGAAGGUGUGCGCAGCGUUCCAGGACGGCUACGGCUGCCUGUCGAACCUCAUCCCGGCGCUGGAGCUCAUGGCGCUCUAUGUAGCAGCCGCGAUGCACGACUACGACCACCCCGGGAGAACCAAUGCCUUCCUGGUGGCCACCAACGCCCCCCAGGCGGUGCUCUACAACGACCGUUCGGUCCUGGAGAACCAUCACGCUGCCUCUGCAUGGAGCCUCUUCAUGUCGCGGCCUGAGUACAACUUCCUGGCCAACUUGAACCACGUGGAGUUUAAGCGCUUUCGCUUCCUGGUCAUCGAGGCCAUCCUCGCAACUGACCUGAAGAAGCACUUUGACUUCCUGGCCAUGUUCAAUGCAAAGGUGGGUGACGACGUGGGCUCGGGGAUCGACUGGUCCAACGAGAAUGACCGGCUGCUGGUGUGCCAGAUGUGCAUCAAACUGGCCGAUGUCAACGGACCCCUCAAAUGCAAGGAGCUCCACCUGCAGUGGACAGAGGGCAUCGUCAACGAGUUCUAUGAGCAGGGUGAUGAGGAGGCCAGCCUGGGACUUCCCAUCAGCCCCUUCAUGGACCGCUCAGCACCCCAGCUGGCCAAGCUCCAGGAGUCCUUCAUCACACACAUUGUGGGGCCACUGUGCAGAUCCUAUGACUCGGCCGCCCUUAUACCGGGCCGCUGGGUGGAAGAGGGUGACAACACGGACGACAAUGACGAGGAGGACGUGAAUACUUCCGAAGAGGACUCAUCUACUGGCUCUGAAGCUUCCCAGAAACCAGGUUCGAAGAAGCAGCAGAAAGUGUUCUGCCAGAUCACCCAGCACCUGCUAGAGAACCACGAGAUGUGGAAGAAGGUGAUUGCGGAGGAAGAAGGCAAGCAAGGGCCGGCAGAGCUGGACGGGAAGGAGUCGCCGCACCUUGGCGUCCCGAGCGAGCCGAUCCUGUCCAUCCGAGAGGAGGAGGAACUGGGGGCCAAGGAGGAACUGGGAGAGGAUGGCCAGGAGCAGGCCAAGGGCACCAAGCAAGAGGCUCGGCAGCUACUGCCCCAGCCUGCAGCCCAGAGAGAGGGUGGUUUCUGAGGAAGAGGGCAGGUGCAAACAAGUCAGAACAAUCGUGUUGCUUUUUUAUAAAAAGAAGUGUGAUAUUUUUCUGCCAGCACAUCAUACAGACACAACACUGUAGAAAUUAAGGGGAACGUGUGCCUACGAAAAGUGAAAGAUGGAGUCAAUGGGGAAUCAAUGGGUUACAGCGGAAUGGGAUGGGUUUGACACGGGUGGGCAGAGAUUUACAUUGGAUGGGCGGGGUCAGGUAGUCUACUGGUCCAGAUUUCAUCAGAGCGAUCAGGUCCAGGCUCAGAGAACUCCACCUUGCAUCCAAGGGAGCUUCCACACUGCAAUAUGAGAUCCCACUGCCUUGCCCUGGGAUAGGGGGCAGAUCGACCCAAACCCAGAACCCAGCCGGACACAGGAGAGUUUUACAAACUGGUAAAUUUUCUAAGAGAAAGACUUUUUUUUUUUAAUUAUCAGAAGAAGAGCAGCAGGAAAUAAAGCAGGACUUGUAUUUUCCCUUGUCCAACACCUUCCCGAGUGUGGAGACGCAGGGGCGCGGCCUUGGUGGGCUGCUCCAGUGUGUCCUUAUGUAGCUUCACCUGUGUUGUAGGAGCUGUGAGUCCAGCCACACACCGAAGGUCUCAGAAGCUUUACGAGAAUUUAAGAAGAGCCAGAGUUUUGUUCUGGUUUCUUCGUACAGUGUUUCCACACCGUGUCACACUGCCAGUGUCUCCUGUUCAAUCUUGCCGUUUUUACCUUCCUCUCAUUGCUGUGAACCAAACUCUUUACACUCAUUUUUUUUUUUUUUUUUUCACUCUGUCAGAUGGUUUUAGUAACUGUGCAGGAUUUUCCUUCCAGAGGAGUACUGGAAUUCUGCAGGUCAUCUCCCAGCUGCGCUCUUGCAGUUUAAACCCUUGGGUUGUGUUCUAGUCACAUUUGAACUAUUGACAACUAUUACUCUGUCAUAAAUAUGGUUUCUUUCCUCUGGUUGCCAUAAGACUUUGGGACAUCCUCCACGCCAGGUGUCUGAACAAAUGAACGAUGACCGGUUUCACUGAAUUUUACGUCUUACUAUUGUACAUCUGUGGUGUGUAUGUGGUCGACCGUAGGAAAUUAAUGGACAAGACUAUAAUAAGGAGCAAAGAGUUCUCUCUCUCAAAAUGUUGGACUUGUGAUAAUGACUAGGAAUGGAGAUAAAGGGUGUGACACAGCACUAGGUGAUCAUUUCUGCUUUAUAAACGAUCGUAAUGUACCACGCAAUAUUCUAUGGGAACACCAGAAAUAGAACCAUGUCUCAAAUGCAACCCAAGGGUUAAAUAAGAGUUUCCAGGGAAGCAGGUUACUAUGCACAUGGUAACUCUGUCCUUGUCAUUUCCUGCGGUCCCAAAUGUAAAUUUUGUUGUCCGAAUCUGAAAAAAGUUGAGGGUUCAUGUGGCUGUGGAGCCCAAGUAUUUUUUAAAAUGGUACACAAAUAUUUCCCAAACAGCAAAUGAUCAAAGACUGUCUCGGUGUUGUCCAAUAUUUGGCCAGAACCUGAUUGGACACCCUAGAUGUAAAUAAGGUUCAAAGGCUUUUUUCCUUGAAAAGAUGUCGGCGAUGGUGGCUCUAGAGCUUUAAGUCAGAGGGACAUUUUCCAAAUCACCAAGUCCUGGUCAGAGAUACCUGGAGAGCAUGUUCUCAGCACAGUCAGUGUGGACCCAGCUUCGCACUACUUUGUGGUGUUUCCCAAAGAGGGUUGUGCUGAGACAUGGAUCGGAAGGGUCCCAGUGGCCCUCAAGGAGGCUCAGAUGGUUUUGUGGGAGAUGCUCGUCAACUUUGAAACCCUCGAUCUGCUUUGACGAACAAUGAUUCUGUUGAAUUUCACUGGUGUUCCCUUUAGUAGGCUGUACCUGAAGGAAGUAACAGUGGGCUUUGGGCAGUCUGCUUGCGCCUUGAGUGGUUUCUAUGAAGGGUUUGGUUGGGCCUGCGGUUCUGUUCUGGAACUUCUCAUCUUCCUUUAGAAUGAACAUGGAAAUGAAACAUUGACUCCAAAAGCAAUAUCAUGACAUCUGUACUCAACAUGUUUGACGUUCUCUCAGGUUCUAAGCAUGAAGGGAAAAUCAAGAUAAUUCUCAUGAUGUAUGAUGCAGCUCAUGUUCUGAGCAAAACUGCUCACGUACAAGUGCCAAAAAUGACUUUGUACAUGUAGCUCAUGGUUACUUAAGAGUUCUCAGUUCUGGUGUUUACCGGCUGGUGUUGAAGUAUACAUUGCAUUUCAGCGUUUUAGCUGACAUCCUGAGAGCAGUGUUGACUCCCCUGAAGAUGUGCGAUCGGCUGGAGCUGCUUCAACGCAUGGAGAGUGAAAGUAGUUGUAGCGAAAUUGGUACGUCGUAGGUCAGCCUUUCUGGUGUUGCCAGCGGGUGGCCUUGUGGUUAGGGCUGCAACCUCUGCACUUAAGGGUUGUAAGUUUGAACACCGUCCCUUGCUGCACCACCCUUGAGCAACAUACUCACCCAGAACCGGAACCGAUGCAGUAAAAAUUACCCAUCAGUGUAAUGAGUGAACCAUUGUAAACUGCUGUGGAGAAUAGCAUCUGCAUGUAACCAGGUGCUCUCCAUCGACGCCCCUGGUAAGUGCGGCUGUGAACUUCUCAUGGUUCCCAACUGCAGCGGGCCGUUAGUCUAGGUUACUCUCCGUAUCCGUCCAUCGUCCACUUCUAGGUGGCCAGAUGGGACUCUGGCUUUGACGGGUAACUUCUCAAGCUCAACACACCCUUUAAAAAACAUCUGCCACUGGAGUUUUACCAGCAGUGUAAGUAGGGAACGUGAACAUGGACCUGUUUGUUGCCCCAGUGGUCAUACCUUUGGUUUCCUCUUACAACAGUUUAAUUUCAGAUCACACAGCAGGAAGUUAUUGCUCCUCUCGUAUGGCAGUUUAAGGAUGGAUGGACAAGCUGUACCGGCAUCCACCUUGACACCUCCUCCUCACACAUGCUCCUCUGUCAUAAGGACCAGAUGGAACGUUGUGCUUCGAGAUGCCUUCUCGCCCUAUUAUGGUGCGUUGAUAUGCAGUUUCUAGAAAAACUGAUCAGGUAUUCUGCACAACGUACCCCAAAGCCUGGCCAGGAAGAGUCUGGACUCGACACUCGAUCCCAAGACACUCCUUCAAGUACUGUUAUUAUUCUGCACAUCACGUGUAAUGACUGAGAUGUUAGAUCCAGCCUCUCUCCAGCUGUAGUUUCAACUCAGGCCACAAGCCAUUCAAGUUCAUGCAAAUAAUUUUUGACUGAGAGAUGACCUUGAAGGGAAAGAAGAUGCUUGUUAUUAAUAAUCGCUUUAAUCUGUCUUAAUGUCCAUCCUUCCCAAGUAGCAGAUUUCAAACAGCAAAGUUUCUUCUGUCAUUUUGGUUCACCGUGUGCAGUUUCCCCCACCUUUUUAAUAGUUUUCACACUUUCAGGACUGUAUGUUCAUAAGAAGUGUUAUGUACAUAACAUUCUGUACAGGUUUUAUACAUUCUAAAUUGUCAAGAUUUUCCAGUUGCUUAGGUCUAGUGUUUCAGUGAUUUCUGCGACGCCCCCAGUCCUGUCCAUUUAUAGCAGAGACCUAAUAGCAACAGUAUAAACUUGUACCUCAGAUAAUUUUGAAAUGGCUUUAGCAGUCAUUCUAUAAGUUCAUGUGUUUGUUACCAUGAGAACUUUGCUCCUUUUGUUGUCUCCAGUGCCUAAAAUAGGAAUUUGUCCAUCGGAUAAUUCCCCUUUUAUACAGCACUGCUUGAAAGUAUGUGAACCUCUUGUGUCCGUCAGUUUUA